AGGAUGGGUAGGGGUGAUUCCAUCCAUGCAGUAGAAGGGCAAAGAGGCCCACAGGCGGUCCUACGGCCAGGCUGGAUCCCGGCUCCACUGAAGCCCUCGGACUCCGCAUACAUUACUUGGUGUACCCUCUGCACUGGCCCGGGCCAGGGAGGUAUGCAGAUAUGAUUCAGACCUGGGAAUCCCUGUGGGGGAGGAGCCUUGAAGGUUUGGCACAAGAAAGAAAGAGGAGCUGACCUGCAAGAGGUUGAGUGGCUGAGUCGGGCAGGUAUUGCUGGUGAGAGCGAGGUUUGCUGAGGGCCGGGAGCAGGUGUGGCUGGAGCUCUGGGGUGUAGACAGGUCACCCAGUUGGCAUAGAGAGGGGGACUGCAGCGGACAAGCCUAGAGCCCAGGGAGGAGGCUAGAGUGUCUGAUGCGUGGAUGGAGUUGGCCGGGGCUGGGGUGGAUUACAGCUGCAGUGAAUCACCCUCCUCCCAAGUCCAAACUGAGAUGCUACUUGACCCAGGUUCCAAGGUGGGGGUGGACACAGGAAGGGGGGACCUCCGGCAGGCUCAGCGUGUGUGAUCCGCUGACCAGUAGAGUGGCCUCGUCUUCUCUGAUGCCCCACCUGGAUGGAGGCCUCAGAAAGUUGGUGCCUGGACAUUGGGGUAGGGGGUGGGCAGAGACCUCAGAGGGCUCAGAGUUCUCCCCACCUGCCUCACUGGUCUCUCCCACAGGUCAGCACUACAGCGAUGACUUUGCCCAGGUGAACCCCCUGAGGAAGGUGCCAGCCUUGAAGGAUGGGGACUUCACCUUGGCUGAGAGUGUGGCCAUCCUGCUGUAUCUGACCCGCAAGUAUGAGGCCCCCGACCACUGGUACCCCCAGGACCUGCAGGCCCGAGCCCGUGUGGAUGAGUACCUGGCGUGGCAGCACACGGCCCUGCGAACAAGCUGCACCCGGACCAUGUGGCAGAAGAUGUUGUUCCCUGUGUUACUGGGCCAACGGGUGCCCCCUGAGACACUGGCAUCUACUCUGGCCGAGCUGGACAGGUGCCUGCAGCUGCUUGAGGACAAGUUCCUGAAGGACCAGGACUUCCUUUCUGGGCCUCACAUCUCAGUGGCAGACUUGGUGGCCAUCACAGAGCUGAUGCAUCCUGUCAGCACCGGCUGUGACAUCUUCAAAAGCCGGCCUAAGCUGGCUGCGUGGCGCCAGCGCGUGGAAGCUGCGGUGGGGGAGGACCUCUUCCAGGAGGCCCACGCGGUCAUCAUGAAGGCUAAGGACCUGCCUCCAGCCGACACUGCCAUGAAGGAGAGGCUGAAGCCCUUGGCGCAGCUUUUGUUGCAGUGAGUACCAGGUGGGCCUGCAGAGCCACCGUCGACGGAGCUCUGUCCUCAGAAUAAAGAAAUGGCACUGCCUCCCCUUGGCUGUGAGCGAGACACCUGCGCAGAGUCCGGUCCACAGUGUCUUCCACACGCCAGUCCUGUGUUCCUUCUUCUGUCCGCCUGCCAACUUCACCCUUACCCCUUGCACGCUGACUUCCAUGUGACCUCUGGAAAUAGCUUUAGUAAACACAGAUGUGACCCUGA